AGACAGCUUACCAUGGAGGCGGACGGGUUAGGCCCUGGAAAUCUCCCAACCUGAACCACAGUCCCUUGGAUCCUCCUACCUUGGAUUCCUGAGACCUUCAUCUUAGGGACCGCCUUACUGGACUGCAUCCCCCAGACCCCAGGGUUUUCCGGAGCUGAAGAAUGACACGUUCCUUCGAGCAGCCUGGGGACAGGAAACAGACUACACUCCCGUUUGGUGCAUGCGGCAAGCAGGCCGCUACUUACCAGAGUUUAGGGAAACUCGGGCUGCCCAGGACUUUUUCAACACCUGUCGCACUCCCGAGGUCUGCUGUGAACUAACUCUGCAGCCACUGCGCCGCUUCCCUUUGGACGCUGCCAUCAUCUUCUCCGACAUCCUUGUUGUACCUCAGGCACUGGGCAUGGAGGUGACCAUGGUACCUGGCAAAGGACCCAGCUUCCCAGAACCAUUAAGAGAAGAGAGGGACCUAGAGCGCCUACGGGAUCCAGCAGUGGUGGCCUCUGAGCUGGACUAUGUAUUCCAGGCCAUCACCCUUACCCGACAACGGCUGGCUGGGCGUGUGCCACUGAUUGGCUUUGCUGGUGCCCCGUGGACUCUGAUGACAUAUAUGGUUGAAGGUGGAGGCUCAAGCACCAUGGCUCAGGCCAAGAGCUGGCUCUACCAGAGACCUCAGGCCAGUCAUCAGCUGCUUCGCAUCCUCACUGAUGCUCUGAUCCCAUAUCUGGUAGGACAAGUGGCUGCUGGUGCCCAGGCAUUGCAGGUCUUUGAGUCCCAUGCAGGGCAUCUUGGUCCACAGCUCUUCAGCAAGUUUGCACUGCCCUACCUCCGUGAUGUGGCCAAGCGAGUAAAGGCUGGGCUGCAGGAGGCAGGUCUGGCACCAGUGCCCAUGAUCGUCUUUGCUAAGGAUGGGCAUUUUGCCCUGGAAGAGCUGGCCCAGGCUGGCUACGAGGUGGUUGGGCUUGACUGGACAGUGGCCCCAAAGAAAGCCCGGGAGCGUGUGGGAAAGAUGGUGACCUUGCAGGGCAACUUGGAUCCCUGUGCCUUGUAUGCAUCCAAGGAGGAGAUUGGGCGGCUGGUGCAGGAGAUGCUGGAUGACUUUGGGCCACAACGCUACAUUGCCAACCUGGGCCAUGGGCUUUACCCUGACAUGGACCCAGAACAUGUGGGGGCCUUUGUGGAUGCUGUGCAUAAACACUCACGUCUGCUUCAACAGAACUAAGCAUAUACCUUUCCCUUCAAGUACCACUAAUACAGAUGACUGUUUCC